AUGGCGGCGUCACUAGAAACGGAGCAUCCAGUGAAGGCUCUUGCUUGGGCUGCUGAGGACCCAUCUGGGGUAUUCGCUCCUCUCAACUUUUCUAGAAGGGCAACUGGUGAUCGUGAUGUGCAAUUCAAAGUAUUGUACUGUGGCAUUUGCCAUUCAGACCUUCAUUUGGCCAAGAACGAGUGGGGAAACACUAUUUACCCUUUGAUUCCAGGUCAUGAGAUUGUUGGGGUCGUAACCGAAGUUGGCUCCAAGGUCGAAAAAGUCAAAGUCGGGGACAAGGUUGGGGUCGGUUGCCUGGUGGGGUCGUGCCGCACGUGCGAUGAGUGCGUGAAAAACGAGGAGAGCUACUGCCCGAAACAAGUGCUCUCGAUCAACGCGCGCUAUUACGACGGCACGGUUACCUACGGGGGCUUCUCGAACCUCAUGGUGGUCGACGAGAAUUUCGUCAUCCACUGGCCGGAGGGUCUGCCGCUUGAUGCCGGUGCCCCGCUCCUCUGUGCCGGGAUCACGACGUACAGCCCGUUGAAGAGGUUCGGGCUUGACCGGCCCGGAGCAAGUGUUGGCGUGGUUGGGCUUGGUGGAAUCGGGCAUUUGACGGUGAAGUUUGCAAAGGCGUUGGGGAGUAAGGUGACGGUCAUCAGUACAUCGUCAAGCAAGAAGAAAGAGGCAAUCGAGACUUUUGGGGCCGACGAAUUCUUGGUUAGCCAUGACCAAGACCAAAUGCAGGCUAUAGUAGGGACCGCUAGUGGGGGAAUAAAAGAGACAGAAGAAAUGCUCGAGUUUUGCGCCAAGCACAAGAUAUUGCCGGAUGUCGAGAUAAUAUCAAUGAAUUACGUGAACACGGCCAUGGAGCGUAUCGAGAAAAACGAUGUCAAGUACCGAUUCGUUAUCGACGUGGGGAACUCAUUGAAGGAUUGA